AAACAAAAACUAUGUUUGCUGUUUUCUUGGCGAAGACUGAUGUGGGGUGUCGACAUUUUUAUUAUUUUUAAUUGCAGUGAUUUUAGAACAUAAAAUACGAAUUGGAAGGCGUUAAUACAAGCUGGAGCGAUGUACCAACCACUUCAAACUGAAAAGGAGAACCUCCUUUCAAAAUAUCUACGAAUAUUAACAGUCGUAGCCGCUUAUUGGACCAUCUCAAUUCUAACCGUCUUCGUCAACAAGGCACUCCUAAGCGGCCUAAAUCUGGACGCACCCCUCUUCGUAACAUGGUUCCAAGUGCUGGUAUCGUCCAGCAUAUGCUUCGUGAUGAGUUCGUUAAGCAAACGCUACCCCCGGUUCGUAACCGUCCCCUCGGGGAACCCUCUGGACAAGGAAACCUUCCUGAAGGUAAUUCCGCUGUCGGUUCUGUUCACGGCUAUGAUUGCCACAAACAAUCUCUGCUUGAAAUAUGUCGGCGUGGCAUUUUACUACGUGGGCCGUUCGCUGACCACGGUGUUCAACGUGAUCCUGACCUAUCUGCUUUUGGGCCAGAAAACAAGUGGCCAGGCGGUCGGUUGCUGUUUGCUGAUUGUUGCUGGGUUUUGGAUUGGAGUAGAUCAGGAGAGUUUGACGGAUUCAUUUUCGUUGAUUGGGACGAUUUUUGGAGUUCUUGGAUCAUUGAGCUUAUCACUGUAUUCGAUCUACACGAAGAGGACACUUCAGCACGUGAACCAGGAAGUUUGGCUGUUGAGCUAUUACAACAACGUCUACUCGGCGAUUAUCUUUAUCCCGCUAAUGCUGAUCAACGGUGAACUUUCGGUUGUUUUGAACUACAAAAACCUUAGUGAACCGUGGUUCUGGGGCGUAAUGACCGUGGGCGGUUUCUGUGGGUUCGCAAUUGGUUACGUUACGGCGCUGCAGAUCAAGGUGACCUCCCCGUUAACGCACAACAUUUCCGGUACGGCCAAGGCUUGUGCCCAGACUGUGAUCGCGACUUCUUGGUACAACGAGGCUAAGUCUCUGCUGUGGUGGACUUCGAACGUGGUCGUGCUGGUCGGCAGUGCGCUCUACACUCGCGUCAAGCAGCUCGAGAUGGACCAGCGACAUCGGGAGCAAAUGAACAAUCAAAAGGUUUAGUGAAGGAUUAGUUUUACGAUUUGAUUAACUUUAAUAUAUUCAGUACAAUAUACUUAAA